UGUGUGCUUAGUUCAAGCAAGAAUGUUAGCAGCCAGCAGAGUAUAGGAGACAUUUCUAUCUGGCUAGGUAUUGUUUGGGGAUGGAGGAGGGUGGCGGGAGAGGGCCCAGAUAGGGAGGGAAUUAGCCAGUAGAGAAGAUCCUAGUGGGUUGGGACAGUCUGGUGGUAUUUCUCUUUUGAGCCCAUAAAGAAAUAUAUUUUGUCCUCACCCCCCACCCCAACCACCCUUUCUCUGGAUUCUUCUUGCUUAGUUACAUAUGCCUUUUUCCUACCCUCCUGCUAACAUGUGCCCAAUGACAUACUUCUAACCUGCUAAUAUUUCUUGGAAGGUCUCCAGAGAGAGCCCAAUCCUUGUCCUGUAAUUACUGUAGAGCGCUUUAAAGAAGCCGUGGGCACCAAAGGCCUCCCCCUCUAUCCAGAUCCCUGCAGAGCUCCUGGCACAAAGACUUUGAACGCCUUAGAGUCUGAUUCUCUGGCCCGAGAGGGUCCUUCCAGCAACAGCUCCUUCCACAGCAGCGAGGAGGAAGGGACUGACCUGGAGGCGGACAUGUUGGACUGCAGUGGGUCUCGGCCUCUUCUGGAGUCUGAAGAGGAGGAUGAGAGCUGCAGGCCUCUCCAGGAGAAGCUGGGAGAAGCCACCCUGUUCUCUCAAUCUGCAGUGUCUGUUGAGCCAGAAGAAAGGGGGCAAAGCGGGAAAAAGAGCCAGUUCUUGCCAGGCAACCAGCAGGCCUCAGACGAUCCCGGGGAGCCUGACGUCUUUGCCAUAGCGCCUUUCAGGAGCUCGCUGGCUCCAGCAGCCGAUGUGGACAUUUUCUCCAAAGCCCCUUUUGUUUCCAAGGGCAGUGUAGCUCCUUCCCAGGCAGAGGAAGUGGAUGUGUUCUCCAGAGCUCCUUUUACCAAGAAGAGGAGUGUGGAAGAGUUCCUGGCUGUGCAGGGUUCCUCACAGGAUUUGCUGAUGCAGGCCAACCUCAGUCAGCCCAGUGAAGGGCUCCUGCUUGCAGGCCGCGAUAGAGCCAUGUACACGCCUGCACAGGCACAGCAUCCGGUGACUGGCUUUGCCCUGCAGGCUGGUCUCCCCUCCCACUCUGUCCAGGUAGCAGACCAUUUUGACAGCAGCUCUCCCAGGGGAUCUCCCAUGAACUCUGGGGGCCAUCCUAAUGACAGAAACAGAGGACUGCAGCCCCAGAAAGAAGCCUUCUCAGGGCCAGCGGCUGGCAAGCCAUUCCGCCCCCAGGCUUUAUCCAAAUAUUCUCGACACUAUAGCCCAGAAGAUGAGCCAAGCCCAGAAGCCCAGCCCAUUGCUGCCUACAAGAUUGUUUCACAAAGCAAUAAGCAGUUGCUAGCUGGCUCUGUGUCUGUCACAUCCCUGUCCUCCAGGACUACAGAGCUGGCCACUGCUGAUCCUUUUGCUUUAGCUCCCUUUCCUUCAAAAGCUAGCAAACAGAAACCCUAGGAGCAGAGACUAGCCUGAGGCUUGCCUCCACCCACCCCACCAGCACCGAUCACAUCACUCCUGGCUGGCCUUUCAGGGAGCAUAUCCCAUCCACUGUGACCUUGCAGUCCCCUGCCUCAGAGCAGAGUCACUUCAAGGCAACCAGCCAAAUUGCCGUAAGACCUGGCCGAAGCUCCUUAAGUUACACUCACAGCUUUUGUUUAUAUCCAUUCCCAGACUUGUAGGCAUUUGUGUCACCUUCUUAGAGGCCUUCCACUGCACUCAGAACUCUGAUGGUUUUUCUGCCAGAAACCUGUUUAAUCCAGGAAUAUUUUCCCCCCAGUUAACAGGGGCUACAUUAUACCAUGACUUUGAAUUCCUACAGCUCCUGUCGGAGUCACUUGCAUUGAAGAAUUAAGAUUGAUCCCUUCAGGACUCAACAAUACUCUUGGAACAGAGAGCUUUCUAGAAAGAAGAGCAAUACAAACCUCCUGCACAUCUGGAGACGUGAAUCUUCUGGCGACUCAUCAGUCAUUCCUAUGGACCAGCAGUUCUCAGAGCACUCUGGGAUCUGCCACUGAGUCUGUAGGAGCCAAGCUGGCCCUGUGCACAGGUGUCUGGGCGCAUACUGUGGGUCAGAUUCUCUGUCGCGUAAAGGAGCACACAGGUGGGAAGCACACCGCCUCCCACACACACAGUCCACUUUUUAGACUAGUGCGGACCCUUGUGUGCUCCUGCAUAUAGGAAACCUUUGUCCUUUGAGUGAAGCCACCAUGCCUACCUCCAUUAUCAAAUCACUCGUUUUCUUGCAUUUACCUGUUGACCUGACUUGAUCCUUGGCUUUUUUUAGAUUUUUUUUUUUCUUCUCAUGGUAGAAAUGAAGCUGUCGGACAGUUUGGGGCAAUCCUGCUGGAACUGAGGUGUCAGAGUAAAUUUUUAAAUUCCGUUUACCUGGUUUUGAAAAAUCAAUUUCCUGAAACUGGGCAUGGUAGGUACCUCAUAACUGUAAUUCUAGCACUUGGGAAGUUGAGGCAGGAAGAUUGCCACAAGUUAGAGACUAGCCUGGGCUUCGUACUGAAUUCCAGGUCACCAAAUCUCAAUACCCUCAUCUCCCAGCCAAAAACGGCAUCGGUCCUUGUGUUUCUUGGCAGCAGGGGAAGAGAAUCUUCAGAGGUCCAGCCCCUGGGAAUUCUGCCUAGGUACCAUUGUUAGGAAAGUCAUUAAUCAGGAGCCCAAACCUAAGUUUGCCUGUUUUUUCCUCCAGCCCUUCCCAUCCAUUUCUACUGCCUCUUCGUGGGUACAGGCCCGCCCUGGAAGUAAAGUGAGAAUGGAAAGAGCUGGUCCGUCGUCCUUGCAAAUCUCUUAAGUGGUCUGUUCCUUUCGGGCGUUAAAGUAGAGCAGACAGGUGCCUGGCUGGCUGUGCAUUCAGAAGUGUGUUUUUGUGUCUGGACAGCUCUGACUCAUGCCUGGUGUUUUUCAUGCCCUUCAUUCUUAUUGCCUUAAAAUAAGCCCUGACUCCAUGGGGGCGUCCACUGAGGAAAGAGUCGGCACCAGACUCAGGUGCACUCUCACUGCUGCUCUCAGACACUUCCUCCACCUGCCUGGGGAAGUGUGGAGAGCUGUGUACCAAUCUAAAAUUAGUGGUGUAAAAAUUGCUAGAAGCUAGGCAUGGUAGCAUACUACUGCAAUCAGGUGGUACAGGAAGAAGGAAUCCAAGGGCAGGCUAGACUACACGACACACUGUCCCAGAAAAGAAAAGAAGAAUUACUGAAAGUCCAUCCAGGACUAAAGCCUGAGUGCCAGGCUGUGCUUGCAGUCAAUUAGUUGUGAUAGCCUUUAAAUUUGAAAGUCAGGGUUUGGGUGCAGAAUUCAGCAGAAGAAGAUAGGCUUAGCACACACAGUAUCGUCAGCACACAAAAGCAAUACAGUGGAUUCUAGAAGUCCUGAUGGUAACAUAGGAAUGGCUACUCUUUGUGAUGCCAGGCACCUUUAACCCCAGAAUUUGUGAGGCAAAGGGCAGGUGGAUCUCAAGUUUGAGGCCAGCCUGUCCACAUUAGUUCCAGGCCAGCCAGUGAGUGAAACCCUGACUUUAGGGAGGGAAAGGGGCUAUUUUUCACUACUUUUUCUUCUUAGCAUUCUCCACCUGUUAAAUAACAGGCAGUGUGUUGGGUCCCGUAGCAGUGCUGUCUGGGGACUCUACCCCACCAGAAAGCUGCCUUUCACGUUGGUAAAGGCUAGAUAUUUUCUCUAGGAAUUUGCUUUCUCGCAGAUAUUAUUGUUUAAUUUCCUGUAUAAUCGUGGAUAUAAAAUUGUCUUUCUAUUAAAUAAGUGGUUUGACUAAUGCACAUGGAACUUUGCAGCCAAACCUCUCACACUUAUUGUCAGAUGAAGUCCUCCAAGGUACAUGCAGAAAGGAUGGGGAUGUUCAGAGAGCCCUUACUUGAUAUCACAGCUCCUCCCAGGUUGCAGCACAUACCUGUAGUCCAGCUGCUUAGGAGGCUGGGCAGAGGACAGCUUGAGCCCAGGAUCUCAUGGCCAGCCUAGGCAACACAGAAGGACCCGUCUCUUGAUGAGAAACUUCAAAUGCAAGGUCAACAUCGCCUCGGUAACAGCGCUGCAAACUGUUCUUCCUUUGAUUACUGGAUUGCUCCAUCUAAUCAGUCAUUUUAACUCACGAGGUCCAAAUUAGAAUAAAAUCAUGGAUUCUUUAUCUUAUAUAGUUUAAUCAUUCGUGAAGUGUGGGCGUAGGGCCUCUUUUUAUUCUUGCUGGCGAUCUACUGAGUGGAGAGUCUGUCUACCAUCUUUGAAUAGAGAAUGAAGAAGACCACAUGCAGACUCUUCUUUUCUUACAUAGUGAUUCGUCAAGGAAAUCUGACACAUGAUAACCCAACAGAUGAGUUCUGAAGGAGGUACUGGGAAGAAUCUGUAAUUUACAGAUCUUGUGGGAGGCCAUCCUGAGUGGAAAUCCAGAGAUGAUGUUUUACAGGGAAUUAUAAAUACCUAAAGACUGUGAAUCAGUAGCAAGUUCCCAGUGGCCAUACUGUAAUAAUAAGGAAGAGGAAACAUCGUCAACAAAGUACGGCACUUUCCGUGUUUCA